CCGCGUAAUAGUUGCCUGUAGUAUGCCAUUUAUAUUGCUGUAUACCUUGUCUUCUGCUACACACACCUGCUCGUAAUUCUGGUUAGUCGUCCAAUUCUCUAGGACUGGCCCGAAAGAACUCUUACAUGUGGAUCACUAUGACGCCCUGGGAUAUACUGUAGCUUUAGUCCUGAGGCCGGCGGUUCCCCUUUACAAAAUGAAGCGUCUUGGCCAACUCCUUUCCUCGUUACGCUAUGAGAGACUGCCCGAGAAGGAGAAGGACGACCGAGAGACGGAAUCAGGUUCACCAACAAAGCAACAGCUGGGACAGACAGCGUCUAGGGCGCAACAGCACGAAGACAGGACCCGAUGGCCUGUCGCUCUGCUCUCCGUGAAGGGCAUGACCUGUGCGGCCUGCUCCAAGGCCGUCGAAGCCGCUCUCAGUUCCGUGGAGGGAGUGAAGCGGGUCAGCGUGGCCCUGCUGCAGGAGAGCGCGGAGGUCCACUUUGACGAGUCCAGCAUCUCCCCCGAGGCGCUGGUAGCGCUGGUGGAGGACGCGGGCUUCGACGGGGCGCUGGUCAGCGUGCGCAGACCCAGACACCAAAUGGAGGUAUUGCGGCUGCGGGUGAGCGGCAUGGUGUGCAGCGCCUGCAGCGGCGCGGUGGAGGCGGCGCUGCGGGAGGUGCCCGGGGUGACACGGGCGGGGGUGGCGCUGGCGUCGGGGGAGGCGGAGGUGACGUUUGACGCGGCGGUGGUGACGGCGGAGUCUGUGGUGGCGGCGGUGGAGGAGGCGGGCUUCGAGGCGGCCACGCUGUCUCAGGAGGGUCUGGAGACCAUGACCAUACGGGUCGAGGGCAUGACGGGCACCUCCAGCAGCACCGCAGUGGAGGCGGCGCUGCGGCGGGUGCCGGGGGUGGCCCGGGCGGCUGUGAACCUCAUCGCGGGUCAGGCGGAGGUGUGGUACGACUCCAACACGUCGGGGCCGCGGGACUUCCUGGCAGCGGUGAACGCAUGCGCGGGAGGGGGCGUGUACACCGCCCACCUGGCCCGAGGUCUGGGGGCGGUGGCCUACCUGCCGGCUGG